AUGAAGCUAGCCUUUCUGCUGUUCACCCUGGUGGCCCUCUCAGAGUGCCUGCACAAGAUUCCGCUGAAAAAGGGAAAGACGACAAGGGAGGUCCUGCAGGAGCAGGGACUGUGGGAGGAGUUUAGGAAGAGACACCCCUACAAACCUAUGGUCAAGUUUGCCAGCAACUUCGCCAACAAUGAACGGAUGACCAACGAUGCUGACCUGACAUACUAUGGUGUCAUCUCCAUUGGAAAUCCACCACAGUCCUUCACUGUCAUCUUUGACACUGGAUCCUCCAACCUAUGGGUACCAUCCAUCAACUGCUCCAGCCAGGCUUGCAGCAACCAUGCUAAAUUCAACCCAAAAGGGUCCAAAACUUUCAAGUCCACAUCUAAGCCAGUGGCCAUAGAGUAUGGGACUGGGAGCAUGACUGGAGUGCUGGGAUAUGACACCGUUGAGGUUGGUGGGAUCAUCGUUCGCAACCAGAUCUUUGGUCUGAGUCAGACAGAGGCUCAAUUCAUGCAUUACAUGAAACCCGAUGGGAUCCUGGGACUCGCCUUCCCUUCAAUUUCUUCUUCUGGUGCCACCCCAGUCUUUGAUAAUAUGAUGAGCCAGAGGCUGGUUUCUCAG